GGCAAUCGCCACCCCGCCAUCACUAUGAUGAUAUGGAAUGUAGCAUGGCUGGCGUUGCUGCUUGGCGCGUCCGGCCGUAAGCUUGGCCUUCAGACAACGCAAGGCUUUGGCGGAGAGACAGGUCGCCCCGCGCACCUCACUUUCAAGCUGAAGGCCGUCCAUUUUGUGGAUCCCAAAACGCAGUAUGUUGAGCUUGGGCACUUGCAGAUCCUGACGUCCAACGGCACAUGCCUCACGUGCUCGGACGACACGGUCUGUAGUUCACCAAGUCACCCCGCCGAGGAGUCGGCCCCGAAGGAUGUGUGUUCCGAAGCCAAAGCCGGAAAGAAGUUCAGCUGGAGAGUGAAAUCCAGCGCGGUGGAUGAAAGCGACAUCAUCGUGGAAGUCCCGUUGAAGAAGGUGAACCACGAACAGCACUACCGGGCCCAGAUUUCCACUGCGGUGGAAGCCACCGGGAAGAACGACGAUGUGCACAAGGGCAGGCAAGUGACGCAGUGGAGCAUGACUGCAGUUAUUGCCUCGCAGGGUGGUGUAGCUUGGACAAAGGUUCCAAUCCCAAUGAAUGGCGAUUUUGGAGGUGUCAUCCAAAAGACCGUCUUCAUCGAUUUACCGAAGGAUUCGGAAGAUCUCUUUGAGGACACUUGUGCCAGCCCCUACAAAGUGGAGAACUACACCGUCACAGAGCAUCUGCUCCGCAAGAAUCGGCUGAACGUCGAAGCCAGCUGCAGUAGCGGUUUCCAGGGCGAUCCCAGGGUGGAACCCUGUGCUGACGAUGGCUUGCCCUACAAGUUGACGGGAUGUUUGCCAGAGACGUGCGAAAAGCCGAACGAUGACCCGGACAUCUACAAGUAUGCCUUGGCCAACGUGAACUUGGAGAGGCGCGCCUUUGCGGUGAGCGUGCGAUGCCGCUACGGCUUCGACGGCAAGGCGAAAGUGGAAAUUUGCGACGGACAUGGCGAGCCCUACAAGAUCAGUGGUUGCACAGGUACAACCACGACUACAAGUACUACUACAACGACUUCGACUACGACAACAACCACAACAACGACAAGCACCACCACAACGACCACAACGACUACCACCAGUACCACCACGAGCACCACCAUCACAACGACAUCGACGACCACAACAACGUCGACUACCACCAGCACCACCACAACUAGUACAACAACGACAACAUCCACCACCACUUUCACUACAACAACAACCACAACCACAACAAGCACCACCACAACCACUACCACUACAAGCACAACUACAACGACAAGCACCACAACCUCCACUACUACCACAACGACAUCCACGACGACCACGACCUCUACCACCACCACAACGACUAUCACGACCACCUCCACAACUACAAGCACAACUACAAUAACAACAACCACCACAACGACGACAACCACUUCAACCACGACAACCACCACUUCCACGACAACAACUACAACAAUCACAACCACAAGCACUACCACAAGCACUACCACCACUACCUCGACACUUACCAGCACAACUACUACUUCCACAACCACAACCACCAGCACCACCACCACAACGACAACUUCCACAACCACAACCACAACCACGACGUCCACUACCACUACAACCAGCACUACUACAACCACCACCACAACAACCAUAACCACCACAACCACGACAAGUACUUCUACCACAACUUUGACGAGCACAACUACCACCAGCACCACUACCUCCACAACCACAACCUCAACGGUCACCAGCACUACGACUACAAGCACAAGUACCACCACAACUACCACCAGCACAACAACGACGACCACAACGACAAGCACAACUACCACCACAACGAUCACGUCCACAACUACAUCAACAACAACGAGUACAAGCACUACCACAACCACUUUGACUUCCACAACAACCACAAGUACUGCUACCAGCACAACCACCACAAGCACGAGUACCACCACCACCAGCACCACAACCAGUACGACAACCUCCACAUCUACCACCACCAGUACCACAACCACCACCACAACCAGCACCACCACCACAACAACAAGUACAUCGACCACAACUACGACCACCACUACGUCUACUUCUACAGUGACUUCAACGACUACUACCUCUACCACCACGACCACUUUUACAACCACCACCUCUACCACAACCAGCACUACCACUACCACAACAAUCACCAGCACCAGCACCACGACCAUCACGUCAACCACUACAACCACCACAACGACCAGCACCAGCACAACAAGUACCACGACCAUCACCACGACAAGCACAACGACAUUCACGUCCACGACCACCACCAGCACGACUACAUCUACCACAACCACAAGUACCUCAACGACCACCACGACGACUUCGACAAGUACAACUACAACGACCACAACUACGAGCACUAGUACCACAACUACAACGACUACUUCCACCACCACAACAACCACAACCACAAGUACAAGCACCUCAACAUCAACUUCAACAACCACUACCACAAGCACCACCACUACCACAACCACUACGACCAGUACAACAACCACAACGACCACCACUACGAGCACCACCACGACAACGACAAGCACAAUUACAUCAACCACCACAACCACAACCACAACAAGUACGACUACAACCACCACCUCUACAUCAACCACUACAACCUCCACAGUCACCACAACAACUACAACAACAACCACUUCAACUACAACUGUCACCCUGGCAGAUUGCCUUGUGCCGGAAGUGCCCGAGGGCACUUUGGUGACCGAAACCGAUCUGCACAUUGAUACUUUCAAGGUGGCUGUGAAGUGUGCGCGUGGAUACGUUGGAGAACCCGGGGCCGCGCGUUGCGAACACCCAGGACUUCCCUACAAGCUCAUUGGCUGCGAAUGGAGUGACCUGGCCGAGAUUCGAUCGGAUGGGACCUAUGUUAAGAAAGGUCUGCCGCGGCCCGAGUGGCGCCUGGGAGCUGCAGGGGAGGGUUUGGCGAGUUUUGAGGGCUGGCAAACGGCAGCCUUGAACGUCCAUAAAAAGACGCUGCCACGGCCUCAGGGACUUGUUAGAGCUGCAGGAAAGGUCUGCCGCGGCCUGAGUGGCGCCUGGGAGCUGCAGGGGAGGGUUUCGCGAGUUAGGAAAGGUCUGCCGCGGCCUGAGUGGCGCCUGGGAGCUGCAGGGGAGGGUUUGGGGAGUUUUGAAGGCUGGCAAACGGCAGCCUUGAACUUCCUUAAAAGGACACUGCCACGGCCUCAGGGACUUGUUGGAGCUGCAGGAAAGGUCUGCCGCGGCCUGAGUGGUCUGCCGCGGCCUGAGUGGCGCCUGGGAGCUGCAGGGGAGGGUUUCGCGAGUUAG